CCGGCCGCGCGUUGGUGGCGCCGGAGGCCCCGCGGGGAGGCCGCGAGCCGCCCCUCCGUGCCCGCGCCAUGCCGGACCGGGACGGUUACCCCGCCAGCACCGGCACCGGCCCCGGCGGCGUCGGCAGCGGCGACGAAUCCUCGUCCGCCCUCCCCGACGACGACAUCUGCCGCGACUUCCUGCGCAACGUCUGCAAGCGCGGCAAGCGCUGCCGCUUCCGGCACCCCGACAUCUCCGAGGUCACCAACCUGGGCGUGCGCAAGAACGAGUUCAUCUUCUGCCACGACUUCCAGAACAAGGAGUGCGUGCGCCUCAACUGCCGCUUCAUCCACGGCACCAAGGAGGACGAGGAUUGCUACAAGAAGACGGGCGAGCUGCCGCCGCGCCUGCGCCAGAAGGUGGCCGCGGGGCUGGGCCUGUCGCCGGCGGAUUUGCCCAACAGCAAAGAGGAGGUGCCCAUCUGCAGGGAUUUCCUCAAAGGGGACUGCCAGCGCGGCGCUAAGUGUAAAUUCCAGCACUUGCAGCGGGAUUACGAGUACGAGGCGCGGGGCAGGGAGCAAGGGCGGCGCUACGAGCCCUUCGACGGCCUCUACGAGCCCGACGAGCCGGUGCUGAAGCGGCGGCGAGCCGAGGGGCUCUACGAGAGCUACGAGUACGGCUUCGCCAGCCCGCGGGCCGUGGAGUACCGGCUGCUGGAGGAGGAGAACGUGCUGCUCAGGAAACGCGUGGAGGACCUCAAGAAGCAGGUCAACAACCUGCUGGCCACCAACGAGGUGCUGCUGGAGCAGAACGCCCAGUUCCGCAACCAGGCCAAGGUGAUGACGCUGAGCUCCACGGCCACGGCCAGCGAGCAGCCGCUGGCGCCCACGGUGACCAACUACAACCACAGCAUCGCGCAGACUCACACCACGCUCAGCAGCCAGGCCCUGCAGCCCCGCCCGGUCACGCAGCAGGAUCUGGUGGCGCCGGCGGGCGCUCAGGCCGCCCCUCCCGCCAACGGGGCGCCGCCCAUGAACCCCGAGAUCGCGCCGCUGUCGGCGGCGGCGGCGCUGGCGCAGACCAUCGCGCAGGGCAUGGCGCCGCCGCCCGUCUCCAUGGCGCCCGUGGCCGUGUCGGUGGCGCCGGUGGCCGUGUCCAUGGCGCAGCCGCUCGGGGGCAUCACCAUGAGCCACGCCACCACGCCCAUGGUCACCUACCCCAUCGCCUCGCAGAGCAUGAGGAUAACGGCCAUGCCGCACUGACCCCCCCGGCACCGGGGGAGGCUCACGGUGACCCGGGGGAUGGCGGGAUGAGGACGGACGGACACACGGACGCUGUGGGAUGUGCCACCCCCCUCAUCCCGGUGCGACCCCCGGCACCGGGGGAGGCUCACGGUGAACCGGGGGAUGGCGGGAUGAGGACGGACGGACACACGGACACCAUGGGAUGUGCCACCCCCGUCAUCCCGGUGCGGCUGGCGGGGCCGUGGGCGGACUGAGCACCGGGGGUGGUACCGGUGGUACCUGUAAUGUUUUCGGCUAUUAAAACAAACGAAAAAAGGCCAAA